CAGUGAAAGAGAAUUAAGGUGGUGAGGCUUUGGGAAUUAGACAGAAGACAUCAUGUUCGAUUUACGAAGCCCCGCAAGUUUAACUCAGCUUCUUCAGUUCCAGCCCGCAUGGCUGCAACAAAAUUUUCCCUGCUUAGGAGAGCAGAUCAGCAUAGUGGUGCAGCUAGGAUUUCUUGGAACCUUCAUACUUCAUUCGGCGUUGAAAAGUAUUGGCCGAGUACGAAAACAUGGAACAGACUUUGCAGAUCAAGGUGUAGAGAAGUCUUCGAUUCCAAUCAGCUUCAGCACCAUUUGUAUAUUGAUGAUGGCCUGUUCCCUUGCAUUGAUGGGGGCUCGUAUUUCAGUGAUUCUAAUGCUGCUCAAUGGAAGUAGAAACUAUUGCAAGCGUAGAAUCUACGCGUUUUCCUCUGAGGCUUUGCAAGUUUUAUUUUGGGCAGCAUCAGCUAUUGCAGUCCAUAAGGUUGUCAAGAAUGAGCUCAUCAAGUUCUCUUGGCUGCUAAGAUCAUGGUGGCUUUGGAGCUUCGUCAUGUCUAUGAUCCAUGUGGCUUUUGAUACGCAUCUCCUGAUCACGAACCGCAGCGAGCUUAGACUACGAGAUUAUGCAGAUUUCUUCUGUUUUCUUGUAUCCACCUGCCUAUUUGUUGUUUCAAUCAGAGGAAAAACGGGCAUUGUACUACAUGAACCAAAUGGUAUCACUGAGCCAUUUCUCAAUGGUAAAAGUGAUAAACAUAUAGAAAACAAGAGGGAAUCUGCAUAUGCGAAAGCUUCUCUUCUCCAACUUGUAACAUUCUCUUGGCUCAACCCCUUGUUCGCCGUUGGAUUCAGGAAGCCACUUGACCCGAACGAAAUCCCGGAUCUUGAUAUCAAAGACUCUGCUGCAUGCCUCUCUAGCUCCUUUGAUGAGAGUCUCAAGUGUGUUAAAGAAAAAGAUGGAACCACAAAUCCAUCCAUCUAUAGGGUAAUUUGCACAUUUGCCUGGAGAAAAGCGGGGAUAAACGCGUGUUUUGCGGUGAUAAAUGCAGGCGCCUCAUAUGUUGGUCCAUAUCUUAUCAACGACUUUGUGAGCUUUCUUAGUGAGAAAGAAACUAGAAGCUUGAAAAGUGGGUACUUUCUUGCACUAGCCUUUUUAGGUGCAAAGAUGGUUGAGACAACAACACAAAGGCAGUGGAUUUUUGGGGCUCGACAACUAGGCCUGCGCCUUAGAGCUGCUUUGAUAUCUCACAUCUAUAGAAAGGGGUUAGCUCUUUCAAGCCGAUCCCGACAAAGCCGAACUAGUGGGGAGAUGAUCAACUAUAUGAGUGUAGAUAUCCAAAGAAUCACAGACUUCAUGUGGUACUUAAACAUAAUUUUUAUGUUGCCUGUCCAGAUCUCCUUUGCAAUCUUCAUUCUCCACACAAACUUGGACUUGGGUUCUAUGGCUGCAUUGGCCACAACUUUAUUGGUUAUGUCUUUGAAUGUACCGCUCACCCGAAUCCAGAAGCGAUAUCAAACGGAGAUCAUGGAGGCCAAGGACAAUAGGAUGAAAGCCAAUUCAGAAGUGCUUAGGAACAUGAAAAUACUCAAGCUUCAAGCAUGGGACAUUCAGUUCCUUCACAAGCUAGAAGGACUGAGGAAAUUGGAGUACAAUUGUCUGUGGAAACUGAUAAGAGUAUCUUCUGUUACAGCUUUCAUAUUCUGGGGAGCGCCUACAUUAAUCUCUGUGGUGACUUUUGGCUCAUGUAUUCUGAUGGGGAUUGAGCUCACGGCCGGGAGAGUUUUGUCGGCGCUGGCCACUUUCCGGAUGCUGCAAGAUCCUAUCUUCAAUCUUCCUGAUUUGCUCAAUGUGAUUGCACAAGGAAAAGUUUCAGCAGAUAGAGUAGCUUCCUUCCUUCAAGAAGAAGAAAUUCAGCAAGAUGCCAUUCAGUAUGUUCCGAAAUGUCUGACAGAGUUUGCAGUUGAGGUGCAUAAUGGGAAAUUCAGCUGGGAACCAGAGUCAAGAAUCCCAACUCUUGAUGGAGUAAACUUGAGAGUGAAGAGGGGAAUGAGGGUGGCGAUUUGCGGGACUGUAGGGUCGGGAAAGUCUAGCCUGCUCGCGAGCAUUCUUGGAGAAAUGCACAAGCUGUCAGGGAGUGUGAAGAUCAGUGGCACAAAGGCAUAUGUUCCUCAGACUCCUUGGAUAUUGACAGGAAACAUUAGGGAGAAUAUUUUGUAUGGGAAUGAGUAUGACAGUGCCAAGUACGACAGAACAGUGAAGGCGUGUGCUUUGAUGAAAGAUUUCGAGCUGUUUUCUUGCGGGGAUCAAACCGAAAUCGGAGAGAGAGGGAUAAACAUGAGUGGUGGUCAAAAGCAAAGGAUACAAAUCGCUCGUGCCGUCUACCAUGAUGCCGAUAUAUAUCUACUAGAUGACCCUUUCAGUGCUGUUGAUGCUCAUACUGGCACCCAACUAUUUAAGGAAUGUCUCAUGGGACUACUCAGAGACAAGACCAUUCUUUUUGUUACACACCAAGUUGAGUUUCUUCCAGCUGCAGAUCUUAUUCUGGUGAUGCAAAAUGGAAAUAUUGCACAAGCUGGAACAUUUGAACAACUCAUGAAGGAAAAUAUAGGAUUUGAGAUCUUAGUUGGAGCUCAUAGUCAAGCACUCGAAUCAAUCAUCGCAGUUGAAAAUACUAGUAGAUCAGCAUAUGAAACGCCACCUGAUAGUGAAUCCAACACAGGUUCCAUCACAAAUGACGAGCUUCAACAAGCGCGUCACGAAUCAGAUCAUAAUAUCUCCCUUGAGAUAACAGAGAAAGGGGGAAAGCUGGUGCAAGACGAAGAGCGAGAGAAAGGAAGCAUCGGAAAAGAAGUGUAUUGGUCUUAUUUGACGACUAUAAAAGGCGGAAUCCUAGUUCCAUUAAUACUCUUGGCACAAUUAUCAUUCCAAUCACUACAGAUAGCUAGUAACUAUUGGAUUGCAUGGUCUUGUCCUACUACAAGUGGAACCAAGCCUAAAAUGGGAAUAAACUUCAUAUUAUUUAUUUACACAGUACUCUCAGUCGGAGGUUCACUUUGUAUAUUGUUGCGAGCCACACUCGUAGGAGUUGCAGGACUUCAUACGGCACAGAAGCUCUUCAUGAACAUGCUACAUAGCGUGCUCCGAUCACCAAUGGCGUUUUUUGAUUCAACGCCAACGGGAAGAAUCUUGAGCAGGGCGUCUACUGAUCAAAGUGUGAUAGAUAUGGAAAUGGCACACAAGUUAGGUUGGUGUGCUUUCUCAAUUAUACAGAUUUUAGGGACUAUUGCAGUAAUGUCACAAGUAGCAUGGCAAGUCUUUGUGAUCUUUAUUCCAGUAACUGCAGUCUGCAUAUGGUACCAACGGUAUUACAUUCCAACAGCUCGAGAACUGGGGCGGUUGGAAGGAAUACAGAGAACUCCAAUCCUCCACCACUUUGCAGAAUCAUUAGCAGGCGCUUCAACGAUUCGUGCUUUUCAACAAGAACGUCGAUUUACUGAUUUAAAUCUUUGUCUUAUUGACAUUCACUCAACGCCAUGGUUUCACAAUGUAGCUGCAAUGGAAUGGCUUUCUUUCAGACUGAAUUUACUAUCUAACUUUGUUUUUGCCUUCUCAUUGGUUUUGCUCGUAACACUACCGGAAGGAAUCAUCAAUCCAAGUAUAGCAGGUUUGGCCGUAACAUAUGGAAUAAAUCUAAAUGUUUUGCAAGCUUCUGUUAUAUGGAACAUAUGCAAUGCAGAAAAUAAGAUGAUUUCAGUUGAAAGAAUUAUUCAGUACUCGAAAAUUCCAAGCGAAGCACCUCUAUUGCUCGAAGAUUCCAGACCGCCAAACAACUGGCCAGAAGUCGGAGAAAUUUGCUUUAAUAAUUUGCACAUUCGAUACGCUGAACAUCUCCCAUCUGUCCUGAAGAACAUCAGCUGCACAUUUCCCGGGAAGAAGAAAAUAGGAGUUGUGGGAAGGACAGGGAGCGGGAAAUCGACCCUCAUACAAGCCAUUUUCAGGAUUGUUGAGCCCAGAGAAGGAAGCAUCAUAAUUGAUGGUGUGGAUAUAUGCAAGAUUGGUCUCCAUGACUUGAGGUCUAGGCUUAGUAUCAUUCCACAGGACCCAACAAUGUUUGAAGGAACUGUUAGAGGAAACCUCGAUCCACUAGAGCAAUAUUCCGACUCCAAAGCUUGGGAGGCUUUGGAAAAAUGUCAGCUAGCUUCUUUAGUCCGUGCACAGGAGAAGAAACUGGAUGCCACAGUGGUGGAAAAUGGAGAGAAUUGGAGUGUGGGCCAAAGACAAUUGUUUUGUCUGGGAAGAGCUUUACUAAAGAAGAGCAGCAUUCUUAUAUUGGAUGAAGCAACUGCAUCAGUGGACUCAGCAACUGAUGGAGUGAUACAAAAGAUCAUCAGUGACGAGUUUAGAGAUCGGACGGUCGUCACAAUAGCUCACAGAAUCCACACUGUUGUAAAUAGUGAUCUUGUUUUGGUCCUCAGUGAUGGAAGGAUUGCAGAAUAUGACACGCCCGCAAGACUACUCGAGAGAGAGAAUUCCUUCUUUUCUAAACUCGUAAAGGAGUACUCCAUGAGAGCAAGGAGCUUCAACAAUAUCGAGUAGGGCCUGCAAUAUGAGUCACGACACGACUUGAAAAUGACAAGAAUUUUGCGGGUUAGGGUUGAGAAAAAAGAGGUUCGGGUCAGAAUUGGGUCGACCUGAAAUUGACACGAAAAAUAUAGGUCAAUUUCGGGCUGGACUCGCCUAACCCGAACACGACACGAAACUCAUAAAAAACUAAAAAAAUACAUAUAUUUUUC